AAUUCUUUUGAGAACCGAACGUAGCAUAAUUUUUUUUCAACAAAAUUGUGAAACAGGAGGGCAACCUCUUCUGCUGGAAUACGUACCCAACAAAAGCCUGUUCGCGAGGAUGCACACGCACGAGGGCCAAUCCUCAGGGAUCCUGUCCUGGUCAAACCGUUUAAACAUUGCCCUGGACAUAGCCCGAGCCCUGGAUUACCUUCAUUCUCAGGCCGACCCACCCAUAAUCCACAGAGACGUCGUCCUCCAACAUUCUUCUUGUGGACAACCACCAUGCAAGUUGGGCUUUAACACCCCUGGAUCUCAGUCCCCGACCAAGAUCAAAGGCUCAUUGGGCUAUAUUGAUGUUAAUUACCUCAAAACGGGUCUGGUCUCUCCGAAGAGUGAUGUGUAUAGUUUUGGAGUUCUGUUGCUUGAGCUGAUAACUGGGCUGAAAUCGACUCAGGGAUCAACGAGUUUAGCAGAAUGGACAGGGGAUUACAUGACGAAUGAUGAUGUUAAGGUUUGGGCUAAAUUGUUGGACCCAAAACUCAAUGGGGAUGUGAAUUUGGGUCAAAUAAAGGUGUUGAUGGAUUUGGCUCAUGCAGCACUGCUUGAGAACUCAAAAGGGAGGCCUGAUAUGAGACAGAUCGUGGAAAGGAUUUUGAGUUGCUUGGAUCCCCAAUCUCACAGUUAUUUGCCAGUAUAGAGAUUUAUUAAGAUAUAUAUCUAUCAAUGACUUGUUGAUUUAAAUAAAAAGAAUUCAAUUUU